AGGUGGAGGUAGGCAAAGACCAGGAGUUCACAGUCAAAUCCAAGGGGGCCGGCGGUCAAGGCAAGGUGGCGGCCAAAAUCUCGGGCCCCUCCAGCAAACCGGUACCGUGCAAGGUGGAACCGGGUCUCAGCCCUGACAACAGCGUGGUGAAGUUCAUCCCCCGCGAAGAGGGACCCUACGAGGUGGACGUGACCUACGAUGGAGUGCCUGUCCCGGGCAGUCCCUUCCCUGUGGAAGCAGUACCUCCCACCAACCCGUCCAAGGUGAAGGCCUACGGACCAGGCUUGAAGGGUGGCUCAGCCGGCUCCCCGGCUCCUUUCACCAUCGACACCAAGGGGGCCGGGAACGGAGGCCUCGGCCUGACGGUGGAAGGCCCUUGUGAGGCCAAGAUCGAGUGCCUGGACAACGGCGAUGGCACCUGCUCAGUGUCCUACCUGCCCACCGAGCCCGGGGAGUACAAUAUCAACAUCCUCUUUGCCAACACCCACGUGCCAGGCUCGCCUUUCAAGGCCCAAGUGGUGCCCGGCUUCGACCCCUCCAAGGUGAAGUGCUCCGGACCUGGGCUGGAACACGCCACGGUGGGGCAAGCCGGGGAGUUCAGCGUGGACUGCUCCAGCGCCGGCAGCGCCGAACUGACCAUCGAGAUCAUCUCCGAGAGCGGCACGCAGGCCGAGGUCCACGUGCGGGACAACGGGGACGGGACGUAUACCAUCACAUACAUCCCGCUCUGCCCGGGGAUCUACACCAUCACGAUCAAGUACGGGGGGCAGCCGGUGCCCAAUUUCCCCAGCAAGCUCAACGUGGAAGCCCCCGUGGACACGUCCGGUGUCAAGGUUUAUGGGCCUGGAGUGGAAGGCAAAGGUGUGUUCCGUGAGGCCACCACGGAGUUCAGUGUGGACGCGCGUACUUUGACCAAGGCCGGAGGGCCUCACAUCAAAACGAGGGUAUCCAACCCAUCGGGAAACCUGACGGACAGCUACGUGCGUGACAACGGAGAUGGCACCUACAACGUGGAGUACACACCUUACGAAGAUGGUGUCCACUCCAUCGAUGUGACCUACGAUGGCAGCCCGGUGCCCAGCAGCCCCUUCCGCGUUCCAGUAACCGAAGGAUGCGACCCCACGAGGGUUCGCGUCCACGGCCCUGGCAUUCAGAGUGGCACUACCAACAAGCCCAACAAAUUCACGGUGGAGACCAGGGGCGCUGGGACUGGUGGGCUCGGCCUCGCUGUCGAGGGUCCCUCCGAAGCCAAGAUGUCAUGCACGGACAACAAAGAUGGCAGCUGCUCCGUGGAGUACAUCCCCUACGAACCCGGCACCUACAACCUCAACGUCACCUAUGGUGGCCACCAAGUGCCAGGGAGCCCGUUCAAAGUGCCCGUGCAUGAUGUGGUGGAUUCUUCCAAGGUCAAAUGUUCAGGCCCCGGCCUCACCCCUGGCAUCGUCAGAGCCAACGUCCCCCAGUCCUUCACUGUGGACACCAGUAAGGCCGGCGUGGCACCCCUCCAGGUGAAAGUCCAAGGCCCCAAAGGAGUGGUUGAGCCUGUAGACGUCGUGGACAAUGCGGAUGGCACUCAGACGGCAAGCUACGUCCCAAGCCGGGAGGGUCCAUACAGCAUUGCAGUACACUAUGGAGAUGACGAGGUGCCCCGCAGCCCGUUCAAGGUCAAGGUCCUGCCCACCCAUGACGCCAGCAAGGUGAAGGCCAGUGGGCCGGGGCUGAACACGACAGGUGUGCCGGCCAGUCUGCCAGUGGAGUUUACCAUCGAUGCCAAGGAUGCAGGCGAAGGGCUCCUGGCGGUCCAGAUCACGGACCCCGAAGGCAAACCGAAAAAGGCCACCAUCCGUGACAACCAAGAUGGCACCUACACUGUCUCGUACGUCCCGGACAUGACCGGCCGCUACACCAUCCUCAUCAAGUACGGCGGGGACGAGAUCCCUUACUCGCCGUACCGCAUCCGUGCUGUGCCCACCGGAGAUGCCAGCAAGUGUACGGUGACAGUGUCGAUCGGAGGUCACGGGCUAGGAGCAGGCAUUGGGCCCACCAUUCAGAUUGGGGAAGAGACGGUGAUCACGGUGGAUGCCAAGGCCGCCGGGAAGGGGAAGGUGACCUGCACGGUGUGCACACCCGACGGCACGGAGGUGGACGUGGACGUGGUGGAGAACGAGGACGGCACCUUCGACAUCUUCUACACAGCCCCCCAGCCAGGCAAAUACGUCAUCUGCGUGCGCUUCGGGGGAGAGCAUAUCCCGAACAGUCCUUUCCAGGUCACGGCUCUGGAUGGUGAGCGCACGACCCCCCAGCAGAUGGCGCAGCCGAUGCGCGCCCCGCCCUACGCAUACCCGCCUGGUGCACAGCAGCCAUGGGGACCGACAGUAACAGCGACGGAUCGUCCCGUGAACGGGCUGGAUGCCGGAUUGCGGCCUUUCGACCUGGUCAUCCCUUUCACCAUCAAGAAAGGAGAGAUAACAGGGGAGGUGCGCAUGCCGUCGGGGAAGGUGGCAAAGCCAGACAUCACAGACAACAAGGAUGGCACCGUGACAGUGCGGUACGCCCCCACGGAGGCCGGCCUGCAUGAGAUGGACAUCCGUUAUGACAACAUGCACAUCCCAGGCAGCCCUCUGCAGUUCUACGUGGACUACGUAAACAGCGGGCACGUGACAGCGUACGGACCCGGGCUCAUCCACGGUGUGGUUAAUAAGCCAGCAGUUUUCACGGUCAACACCAAAGACGCGGGUGAAG